GUUUGUGUCGCAAGUUGCCGUCUCAAUGGCUCUGUGCCUGUUCUGAGCAAGAUAGCGACAACAUUGUUCCCGUUCUGGCCCUCUUUUUUUUCAAGAGUCCACUUCGACGAGCUCCUCCAUUGGCCCUGGUGAAGAACCACUGACGCUGAGAUAAUGCGCGUCUCUGGCUUCGCUGGCGUGAUCCUCCUGGUUAGCGUCACGCACGCACUGACGCCUCCCGUAGUUCGAACAAGAAGCGGUGACGUCAAGGGACUUCGGCUCAACGUGUACGGUGAAAAAGUGAACGCGUUCCUCGGAAUCCCUUAUGCGUCUCCACCGCUGGGUGACCUGCGCUUUCGAAAGCCGUCGCCGAAGGUCUCCUGGUCUGCUCCGCGAUGGACUAAGACCUUCGGUAAGCGCUGCAUGCAAGAGAUCAUUCUGGAUGCAGCUCCUGAGCACUACGCCGAAGGGCCGAGCAUGAGCGAAGACUGCCUCUACCUCAAUGUGUGGUCACCCGUGAGCGACAACAGCACCAAGUCCGUCAUGGUUUGGAUCCACGGCGGCAACUUCAAGGCUGGCUCUUCGGAUAACCCCGCAUUUGACGGUUCCGUGCUCGCCGCGACACAGAACGUGGUCGUCGUGUCGUUCAACUACAGGCUCGGCUUCUUCGGCUUCCUCAACGCGGUCCACAGCAACGCGUCCGGCAACGCGGGCUUGUUCGAUCAAGUGCUCGCACUGUCCUGGGUUAAGACCAACGUCGCUGCAUUCAAUGGAAACGCCUCGCAAGUGACUCUUUUCGGUGAAGGCUCCGGGAUAGCAGCCAUUCGACUUCUGAUGAUAUCUCCCUGGGCCCGAGGACUCUUCCACCGAGUCAUCAUGCAAGGGGGCGCUGCACAUGCCGCCAAAGCGGCUGAGAGCACGGGCAGGAGUCUGUUGAAGGCCGACGCUCUGGCAGUCGAGGUGGGUUGUUCUAAGGCGGGCCACUCGAUUGUCUCACACCCGGACGACGUCAUCGAAUGUCUCAAGAGCCGUCCGGCGCACGAGGUCCUGCUCGCGCAGAUCGAAUUGCGACACCACGGAAUCGAGGCCCUUCCCACGCACGGAACCGAGUUCCUGCCGCAUAACCCAGAUCUCAUUCAUGACCUGAGGGGAUUCGCGAGUGCCCAGGCCCUCAUGGGGCACAACCGUGCGGAAGGCAGAAGGCUGGUGUCGCAGGUCUUCGAAGGCCGCUUCGAGGCGCUCAAGCAACAGAACAACAUGACCAAGGGAGACGCACAGGUGGCACUACACGUCCUGCUCAGCGCGCGAGGAUACCGGCGACCCGUCGCUACCGAAGUAGCCGACCUCUAUCUUAGUCGAGCGGCCAGCGUUUGUGAUCACCCGAGGACUCUGGCGGAACUGGUGGAAGGCGGCGCCACAGACGUGGCCGCCGGCUGCCCCGCGCUCGCGUUCGCCCGCAAACUGUCCAACGCCGGUCUGACCGUGCACUACUACGUGCUCGACUACGUCGACGAAGAAGUGGACAGCUACUUCCGCACCGACUCCGACCACGCACCCGAGACGGCGCUCGUGUUCGGACUGCCUAUGAGGUUUCCCGGCAAGUUCGAAGAGUCAGACCGGACCUUUAGCCUGAACAUCAUGAACGCCUGGGCCACGUUUGCAAAGCGAGGAAUGCCUCCCACAUUCGAAGGCAUCUUGUGGCCUCGCUUUAGUGAAGCUCGACCAAUGUACUUGGACAUCAACGAGACCUCGGCGCAUUUAAGUGAAGCGGACACUUCGCCUUGUGGCCUCCUAAAGAAAUAGAAUGGUGCAGAACUGAUCAGUCGACCAGCACACAGAUACGAGUCAUUUUGAACAUGACAGGGACUGUCGGGUAUGUCGGGCUGUCAAGCUAGGUUUAACGAACCAGAA